AUGGCAUUUGCACCCCCCAGAACCAUGGAUGGCCCCAAACUUCAGACCAAGAUGAGCACAUGGACUCCACUGAAUCAUCAACUCAUGAAUGACAAGUUUGACAAGUGGACAGAUGGUCAGAAGAGGAGGAUCCUGGUGGACCUUUUGGAACGCUGCUCCCUGGCCCAGCAGAAAUUCUGUGCCAAGCAGCUCCAGGAUCGAGUCCCCACUGAAGCUCUGGAUUUUACCACAAGGCUUCCUAGAGUUCUGUCCUUAUACAUCUUCUCCUUCCUGGACCCACGGAGCCUCUGUCGCUGUGCACAGGUGAGCUGGUACUGGAAGUACCUGUCUGAGCUGGAUCAGCUCUGGAUGCUGAAAUGCCUUCGUUUUGGCUGGUACAUCAACUUCUCCCCCACCCCCUUUGAGAAAGGAAUCUGGAAGAAACAUUACAUUGAGAUGGUGAAAGAGCUGCACAUCACGAGACCAAAGACUCCUUCCAAGGCUGAGUUUGUAGUUCUCGAUGUGCAGCCGGUGAGAAGCAAUGACCCAGAGCCAAAACUUCCUGCAGCAGGAGGGAGGACAGAUGAGAGGAAAGCUCUCCCACCCUGGCGUGCCUCAGACAGACACCCCACAGACACCAUCAGGUUCAACUACCUCGACAACUCCCAUCCCAUCCUGCAGCCCAGGCAGGGGAGGAAAAAAGGAGGAGGGGAGACCCCAGACCUGAGCCAGCAGGCAGCUGAGAGAAAAAAGAGAGGGGGUCGUGGAUCUAAGAAGCUCCAGAAGGCAAAAUCCCUGGCAAGUAUCACCAGGGUGUGA